AUGGAGGAUCCUAGAGUGGAUGGGAUAUUGAGGGCACUUGCGGAAGUUAGAACCUUGAUGGGUAGGCAGACUCAAGGACAAGCUGCUGCUGUUGCCGCUGCUGUUGAAGCCGCUGUUGCCGCUGCUAACGGGGCUAAUGGAAAUAAUGGGAAUAGUGGUCAUAAUGAGAGUGGAAAUGGGAAUUAUGGUGACCCUGAGGUUGUAUCGCUGUGGGUAGAGGAAUUGAAAAAGGCUUUUGAGGUACUAGGGUGCACCAAGGAAAAGAAAGUAACCUUGGCGGUGUACCAGCUCCAAGGAAAUGCGAGUGAUUGGUGGAAGGCCACCAGAGGAAGAGUGUUCCCUGCUGGUACCGCUCAGACUUUGGUUGUGUUCGUUGAAGUCUUCAAUGGCAAGUGCUUUUCUGAGAGUGCACGGGAACAGAAGAUGGCAGAGUUUCUAUGA